AUGUCGAUUCACUCGGACCAUUCAAACCGUCGCUCAAGGGUCCUCCCGAGGUCAAAGCUAGGAUGCAAAACUUGCAAAAUCCGACGAGUCAAGUGUGGAGAAGAAAAGCCUAGCUGUGUCCGAUGUACCAGUACAGGUCGCAAGUGUGACUUUGAAGACGUACGGCCCUCUUCCACAAUCUCGGUCAUCGCCAACCCCUUGUCAUUAUCGCCAAACACCAAUACAGUGUGGCGAGAGCGACGUGCAUUUGCCUAUUAUUUUGAGUGUGCUGCCUCCUCUAUUGGUGGUGGACUGGAUGUUGAUUUCUGGCGCACUGUUGUCCCACAGGUUUGCCGCUACGAACCUGCUGUUUGGGAUGCCAUCAUCACCAUUAGUGCGCUAUUUGAGUGCCCUCAGCAAUGCCCAGAUCCUGUGCUCCAACGCCGCGAUAAUAUUAUUUCUCUCACUAAGAACCGUCAAGACGCCUUGCACUGGUACUCGCGCUCGGUAUCUGCUGUUCGCCAGCGCAUCGAGCAGGGUAGUGUAGACGUCUUUGUCGGAUUGAUCAGUUGUGUGCUUUUUAUCUGCAUUGAGGCCAUCGAGGGAAAUGCAGACGGCGCAAUGCAGCUUUAUUAUCAAGGCGUGCAGCUCAUUAACGCUUUGCGUCCCCAAAUAGCAUCUGGGGCAGCGAGCAAAACUUCCCUGUUGGAGGAUACUAUUAUCCCUAUCUUUAUCCGUUUGGGGACAUUCGCACUCGCCAGUGGUGGGGCUCCCGUGACUGCUUUACUACGAGGCAGUGAACAUGCCUUGGCGGAACAGUUCGACUCACUCAAGUCUGCUCGAGAAGCGAUCGUGCUCUUAUCUAUAGAGAUCCCGCUCUUUGAACGCAGUUGCACCAAGCACCUACUUCAGGCUCAUCUUCCUCAUUUGCCCGAAGAGCUCAAUACGGAACUAUUCAGUCUGGUCACCAGACUGAGGAACUGGCGUACUGCGUUUGAUAAAUUGAUGACAGUUCUUCGCGCCAGACACCUUUUAUCGCUGCAAGAGAUUGGUACCAGUGCCCUUUUGUUGAGUUAUCAUGAAAUGUUACAUGUCAUGCUGGGGACCUGUACAUCAUUGUCGUUGAUGCAAUUCGAUGCUUAUCUACCAAACUUCCAAAAUAUUGUUGAACAAUCUGCCAUUGCACCCAAAGCCUCAGUGCGAUCAGAUGGCACCCAACCACCGUUCACAUUUGACGUCAACAUUGGUCUUCCGCUUUGGUUCACCAGUCUUCGAUGCCGUGAACCACGUACCCGGCGCGCAGCCCUAGCCCUACUCCGUCAAGCGCCCUUUGUGCAAGGAUUUUACCAGUGCUCCAUAUGGGCAACCGUGGGCCAAACGAUCAUGGACCUGGAAGAAUCAUAUGCAAUGGCAAUGAAUGCAGCCCAUAAUGCCCCCGAUUAUGGUCUACUAGAAUCAACAAACGGACCAAUUCCCAGCUCCGAACUUGCCACAAGCUCAUACUCUGCUCAUGCUGAUAUGGGACCGAGAAUACCAACCGCACUGUUUAUCCCAGAGGAGGUGCGCAUUGGACCCAUUUCUGCUUUUUGGCCGAUAGAUGGGCUUCCUCCUGGAACCACAGAGGCAGAUAUCGCGAAGUGGAACCGGGGCCCUGAUCAGUUCUUCCUGCGGAUUUCCCGAAAGGAGCGCUGUCUGACUGGAAAUGCUUGUCCGAUGGUGUAUGAAUGUGUUCCCCUUGACUUUUGA